AUGGCGCCUUCACGCUCGUUUUCUUAUUUUCUGUCGCUCGUUUUGACAUUCAACUUUUUUUCCUUCGUUUUUGCCGCCCCGUGGAUCAUCACUGAAGCCUACGAACAGGUCAUUGAGACCCCUUAUUACUACUAUGAAUCCAGUGUCGUCACCUCCAUUGUGCAAAUCGUGCCAACGGUGACUUCACUACCGGAGGCCAUUUCUACAAUCACUUCAAUAGAUGACUACUCGUCCAUAACUGUGAUUGAGAAACUGUACCCUACCAGCGUGGGUACACCCCUCGGUUACUAUGAUUACUAUGACUACGACAACACGGAGAGUGGCUACCAUACUACCGUCUACGUGGUGAACAUCACCUACUCAGCGCCGACGGGAUGCUCAACCCAAUGGACCACCGCAACCCCAGUGACCGUGUACCCUCCCAAUGCCGUCGAGGACUAUCUCCCGACGACCGCCAUGUCGACCUCAGUAUCCGUGGAUAACUCGAGCCCCUUCAGCCCAACCACCUACACCGUCGACUAUAUCUUUGUCGAACCAACCCAGAUCCCAGCCGCCUCCAUGAGCUACCUCAGCUCGGCGUAUGCCCCGACCACCCUGUACGACGACAGCUGCUAUUAUUCCAGCUCCAGCUCAGGCUCCGGCAGCUACUACGGAUACUAUGACUACGACGACUACGAGGGAAGCUGGUUCUUCGAUCCAUACUGGAUGGGCAUCUCCCCCUUCGCGCUAACCAUGAUUCUCCUCUUCGGUUGGAUCGGCAUCUUCCUAAUCGCCGGCUUCAUCGAAGCCUGGGUCCGAUUCCGCCGUCUCAUGCUCGGCUGGCAGACCCGUCGUGGUCUCCCCCUCUGCUGGGCCUUUACUCUGAUGCCUAUCUCCUUCCUCCUGAUCAUCGCGUUCCGAAAGGGUUUCCGAGCCCGAAGCGAGACCGAGGCCGUCGCGCUCCGGGAGCAGUGGGAUGGAUUGGGUUUCUGGAAAAAGCUCAAGCUUUUCUUCAUUUGGGGCUUCCGUUACAAGUACCCUCCUAUCCUGGGUGAGGCGCCACCCCGCGUGAAGCCUAGUAAACAGCCUGGGGCGCAGGUUAGCAAGCAGCCUCGGGAGUCGCUGUUGAACCCGACCCAGCCUAUGGCGACGGGGGCUAACCCGGGAACUUCUCGGGGUGUGGCCGCGGCAGACGCUGCGGAUCCGGAAAUGGGGGAGAUUGAGAAUCACUCUCACCGGUCUUCGGGUCAGGGCGAACAUCCUGUUGCUGAGGCUUCGGGGGCUCUGGAUGGACAUCGGGAUGGGGAAAUUGGCCGGGCUCAGUAA